AAUCAUAAAAAUAUCCGUUUCCUGAAACUCUCCCGGCGACUCAGAGCAGAAGAGUCAAGCUCGAGCUUCAACAAUGGCGGAUCACCACAACCAUCAUCAGCAACAUCGACCAAAUCGUCUCUCAGUACCAUCCCGAUCAAUCGGGAGAGCUUAUCCUUCAUUCCCCUACACUCCAACACCAACCCCUUCAAAAACCCGAACCACCAGAUCGAUCCACGGAACCACCACCACAAAAUCCUCAAUCUCAUCUCUCUUCCUCAUCCUCUUCUCUCUACGAUCCCUCUACUCCCUCCUACCUUUCCUCCGCUCCUCCCCUUCCUUCUCCCUCUUCCCUUUCACCUUCCUCGUCUCUCUCCUCUCGUUCCUCUUCUCCCUCGCCUUCACUCUCUUCUCUCCCUCCAAGAAAGACUCCUUCCUCCGCCACAACCGCGCAGUUUUCUCGAUUACAUGGUCUCAAACAAAGCUCUUAGCGUCGAAAUCAGUGUUUCUAGCGGUUGUUUUCCUCCUACGAUUCCAAGCUCUCCGUUACUGCAGCGCGGCUGCUAUGAUCUUAGCCGAGCUCUCCGGGACCGUCUCCGCCAGAGUCUUAUCAAUCGAUCGUCACGGAUCAUCAUCAUCAUCCAAGGUUCGUGGUUUCUGCAUCUUGUUCGCUGGUCUGCUCUUGUUAUCAAUCAGCUGGGAUCGUGUGGAUUGCUUCCCUUUCUCUUCCUCGUCUCUACAGAGCUGCUUGAGAGUCUGGCCUAUGUUGCUUCCUUUUCUAUCUGGCUUCUUAGGUUGCUACGAGAAAGUUUCAAUGAACGGGGUCGAGAUCAAGCAGCUUGAUCAGAAACGUGUUCGUUUGAUAACCUUGUUUCUAACCACUCUCUUGUUGUUUCCGCUUGCUCUCUGGAGCUUUGUAUUCAACGGAAGCGUUGAUGAGGUUGGUGUCUCGAUUGGGAAUCUAGGUUGGCCUUUAGCUAACACUGUUGUAUUCGGAGUACUGUUGAGUGAGAGUUAUAAUGAUGAUAAGUUGUUGAUGAAGAAAGACUCUGAGAGGGAGUUUCUCGUUACGUUUCUUUGCACUAUAGUCUUGGAACUCUUCUACUUCCCUGAGCUUUCUCUCUGGGGGUUGCUGUUGUGUGGUUUGUUACUUUACGUUGCUGUUAGAGAGUUGGACUCUUCGGAUUACCAAGAGAUUGGGAUGGAAUCUCCCGAGUCGUUCUCCGCCGUGGUUUUGAAGCCUAUCCGGCACAUUUUGAGUGAGAAGAAGUCUAGGAAGAUUGCGCUUUUUCUUCUGAUCAACACUGCGUAUAUGGUUGUGGAGUUCGUGGCUGGUUUCAUGAGCAAUAGUCUUGGACUUAUCUCGGACGCUUGUCACAUGUUGUUUGAUUGCGCUGCUUUGGCGAUUGGGUUGUAUGCGUCUUAUAUCUCUCGUCUCCCUGCGAACCAUCAGUUCAACUAUGGACGUGGGAGGUUCGAGGUGCUUUCUGGUUAUGUCAAUGCCGUGUUUCUUGUUCUUGUUGGAGCGCUCAUUGUGCUUGAGUCGAUUGAGAGGAUCUUGGAUCCUCAGGAGAUUUCUACCAACAGUCUUUUGGUUGUUUCGGUUGGUGGGCUUCUUGUGAAUGUUGUUGGGUUGAUCUUUUUCCACGAGGAGCAUCAUCAUGCUCAUGGUGGAGGAUCUGGUUGCACACAUUCUCACUCGCACCAGUCUCAUAAACAUGAGGAGCAUCACGAGCAUGAUCAUCAGGAUCAUUCCCAUAGCCAUAAACAUGAGGAGAACAACCAUGACCAUCAUCAUUCCCAUAGCCAUAAGCAUGGGGAGCAUCAUGAAUGCAACCACAACCAUGACCAUCAUCAUCAUCAUUCCCAUAGCCAUACACAUGAGGAGGAUCAUAAGCAUCAUUCUCAUAACCAUACUCAUGAGGAGCAUAGUGAAGACAAACACAGCCACGGGCAAGAUCAUGAGCAUCAUCAUCAUCAUUCUGAUCAUAAACCCGCAAAAGGCGAAAACAAGGAGCAUCACCACAUUGACCAUAACAUGGAAGGGAUCUUCCUUCAUGUUUUAGCAGACACCAUGGGGAGUGUCGGAGUUGUGGUUUCGACACUCUUGAUCAAAUACAAGGGAUGGUUAGUUGCGGAUCCAGCAAGCUCAAUCUUCAUCUCCAUCCUCAUCAUCGCUUCAGUCAUUCCGUUACUCAGAAACUCUGCAGGGAUUCUACUGCAGAGAGUCCCCAAGGCUCACGAGCACGAACUUAAGGAAGCAAUGAGGAACAUCCUCAAGACGAAAGGCGUUUGCAGUAUCCAGAGACUACAUGUAUGGAGCUUCACGAACUCAGACGUGGUGGCUACUCUGCAUCUCCUUGUAUCAGCUGAUUCAGACAAGAAAGAUACUAAAUUGCAAGUCUCACGUUUGUUAGAAGAUGCAGGAGUCAAGGAUUUGACUUUGCAGGUUGAAUUUGUCAAGUCAUAACAAUUGAUAUAGUUUUGAGCGUUGUCACUGAGAAAACACAAACAUCUAAAACUUGUUUUAAAAUAAAAUGUUUGAUUGAAGUUC